CAACAUGAGAGGGUCCUUCACACGGAAACCAGCGCUAAUGACCGAUGUUUGUUUUGCUACAAUUAGCAGUAUGCCUGCUGAACGCAAACGCUCAUUAAACAUGGAUGAAAAAGAUGUUUGCACCUUCAGCAACAAGGACAAGGAGAAGGAGCGAGAUGGUGAGAGGAGACCAUCGUCCGCCCGGGACAAAGGCAAAGACGAGGCCAAGAUGAGCGGGAAAAAAGACAGCAGCAAGGAGGAGAAGAGGAAGCGCCUCGAGGAGGAAAAGAAGAAGAGGGAAGAAAAGGAUCGUAAGAAGAAAGAGGAGGAAAAAGUGAAAGCGGAGGAGGAGCAGAAGAAGAAAGAGGAAGAGGAGAAAAAACUGCAGGAGGAGCAGGAGAAGCAACUUCAGGAGGAGGAAGCCAGGAAACAACGAGAGGAGGAGGCAGCUCUCCUGAAGGAGAAGGAGGAGAGCCAUCAGCUGCACCAGGAGGCCUGGGAGCGCCAUCACUGCAGGAAGGAACUCCGCGUCAAGAACCAAAACGCCCAGGAGGGUCGACCCGAGGAGGCUUUCUUCAGCCGCCUGGACUCCAGCCUGAAGAAGAACACGGCCUUCGUGAAGAAGCUGCGAACGCUCACCGAACAGCAGCGCGACUCGCUCUCCAACGACUUCGGCUCCCUGAACCUCAGCAAGUACAUCGGCGAGGCGGUGAGCUCCGUGGUGGAGGCCAAGCUGAAGAUCUCCGACGUGGGCUGCUCCGUCCACCUCUGCUCACUCUUCCACCAGCGCUACACCGAGUUCGCUCCGCUGCUCUUACAGGCGUGGAAGAAGCACUUUGAGGCGAGGAAGGAGGAGAAGGCGCCCAACGUGAGCAAGCUGCGAACAGACCUGCGUUUCAUCGCCGAGCUCACCAUCGUCGGGCUUUUCACAGACAAGGAGGGGCUUUCUCUGAUCUACGAGCAGCUGAAGAGCAUCAUCGGGACGGACCGCGACACGCACACUCAUGUGUCGGUGGUCAUCAGCUUCUGUAAGCACUGCGGGGACGAUAUCGCCGGGCUGCUGCCCCGAAAAGUGAAAGCGGCCACUGACAAGUUCGCUCUGAGCUUCCCUCCGAGCGAGAUCAUCGGCACGGAGAAGCAGCAGACCUUCCAGAACCUGCUGAGGGAAUACUUCACCUCGCUCACCAAACACCUGAAGAAGGACCACCGCGAGCUGCAGAACACCGAGAGGCAGAACAGGCGUAUCCUACAUUCCAAAGGGGAGCUGAGUGAGGACCGACACAAACAAUAUGAAGAGUUUGCGACUUCCUACCAGAAGCUGCUGGCCAACACUCAGUCUCUGGCCGACCUGCUGGACGAAAACAUGCCCGACCUUCCUCAGGACAAGACGGUGCAGGAGGAGCACGGCCCUGGGAUCGACAUCUUCACCCCCGGGAAGCCCGGAGAGUACGACCUGGAAGGCGGGAUCUGGGAAGACGAAGACGCUCGUAACUUCUACGAGAACCUGGUGGACCUGAAGGCCUUCGUGCCCGCCAUCCUCUUCAAGGACAACGACAAGGGCAAAGACAAGGAUGAAGGCAAAGACGGGAAAGACGGGAAAGAUGGGAAGGAGGUGAAGGAGGCAGCGAGCACCACGGAGGAACUGGAGCUGGAACUCGAGGCUCUGGACAUCGCAGACGAACCUCUGGAGCUGGAGGGACCCGACGAGGCGGAGAGUGAAGAGCUGGCCAAGAAACUGCUGGAUGAGCAAGAACAAGAGGAUGAAGAGGCCAACACGGGGUCUCACCUGAAGCUGAUUGUUGACGCCUUCAUCCAGCAGCUGCCCAACUGUGUCAACAGAGACCUCAUAGACAAGGCGGCCAUGGAUUUCUGCAUGAACAUGAACACCAAAUCCAACCGGAGGAAACUGGUCAGAGCGCUCUUCACCGUGCCCAGGCAGAG